AUGGUUGCGCCGGCAGUCCCAGAACUCAUGGAAGAGAUCCUCCAUGAAUCCACCGACGCGCGAACCGAAGUACUGGCUGCCCUAAGGGAAUUGGGUCCACCUGAUUUGGUGCAAUUGAUCAAGCAAGCUCCACGGAAUCCAGGAAAACAGACUGGAGUCUACCAUCAUGUUACGGGUGUCGAUGCAUCGUCUUCAGCAAGUCUGGCCGCAUACAUCAACACACUCACAUACAGAGAGAGUCACCAAUCGAGCACAAAGAUUGUGGAAGGGAUCUACUGCUGCUACAAUGCGUUCUCGAGACUCGAUAUGCGCGUCCACGUUACGAUACCCGGAACAGUUGACAGCUAUUGUAUAGACGAAAGAGGAGAGAAGAGGGUGGCCUCGGAUGAGUUAUGGCUCGAGACAUACCUCUGCAGUGUGCUGAGAGCAUACUCAUACGCGGAUGACGGAAGUGGAGAGACGAUCAGGAAAAUCAUGGGAGUACGGAGGUUCAAUCCAGUCACUAAUACCGAGACUGAACACCGAUUUCUACAAGCGGCGGAGCACCUGUUUUUCAGAGGCUGGCAACUCGGGUCAGAUUCCGUUGUCCAGGUACCGAACAAUGUCUCUAACCACCUGACGUCCGGUCUCCUGAAAUACUUCCAUACCACCGGUAGAUAUGCGUCUGGGAUAAACCUCUUCGAGAAGCUGCGAACGCGCAAUGUGGAGGUGUCGUCUCUGUUGGCAAAAGUCCUGCUCAUGGGCAACGAGGAGGUACAGGCAGUGCGGGUUCUUCACGAUUCCGUCAAGCAAUCGCCAAUGGACUACGUGAUGCUCGAUACGCAAGCAGAGUUUUUGUUGGGCAAGGCACUGAACCCCAAUGCGCCAGAUUUGAAGCAAGACCGAUUACGGAUGGCUCUCGGCUGCGCAGACAGAAGCACUGUUGCAGCACCAAGCGAGUUCGGUACAUGGGCCAGACUGGCAGAAGUAUAUGUUGCUAUGGAGGACUGGGAGAAUGCCUUGACAACCCUCAACUCAUGCCCGAUGUUCACAUACCAGGAUAAGGACGCCCCGGUCAUGCCAGAACCCAAGGAAAUCCACCUUCCAACUCUCCCCGAAACUCGGUUAGAUGAGAUAGACAGCGAGCCAGAAUCCAAGUACCAAGAGUCAGUCCACCCCAGUUUGUUAAGCUUACGUGCUUCUCAAUACAGAGGAACGUUCAAGCAGGCCUACAGCAUCUUGACCGAAAUGACGGCAAAAAUUGGGUGGGACCAGCUGUUGAGGAUCCGGAGUAACGUGUUCGUGAUGGAGGAAGAAUAUCGCAGUGAAAAGCAACCAACCCAAGGUGAACUUACCCAACGAAAUGCUAGCACCGACGUACUGAGAGGAAGUCCAGGUCCUCCCAUCAACGGCGAUGAUCAAAGCGAUGAUGAGAAGAGUGUGAACGGAGAGUCCACUGCACCAACCUUGGUAGCAGAGAACGGCGUGCUUGGUCCAGCCGCAGAUAGGACAGUCGAGAAGCCCUCGCAUACCGUUACUCCGGAGGAAGCUAAGGGUGGUAUCGAGGAUGCUGAGGCUACAGAGGAGCAACUCUCACGUUUCAACAACAAGCGUCUCUGUGAACGUUGGUUAGACAGCCUGUUCAUGGUCCUCUACGAAGACCUCCGUAUCUAUACUAUCUGGCGCACCGAAAUGGCUCAAUAUCGUGCCCAACAGAUGCAGUACAAAAAAUCUGCAGAAGAAUGGGAGAUUCUCGGAGCCCUCGCCGACCGUCUGCACCACCAAGCUGAAGCUGUUGAAGCGUACGGAGCAUGUCUCUCCAUCCGUUUCUCGCCCAAGGCACUCAGUGGUAUCCUUGGCGACUUCGAGAAGGAGAAGAACACGAGAGAGACGAUCGCUUCUGUUAUCCGCCUCGUUACGUGGCAGUACAGAUGGUAUUCCGAGUUCAGUCCUGACUUGCUGUACACAAUCCGCACUUUGAUUGAGGAUGAGGGUGCGGUUAAGGUUAGGAGUAUCAUCCAGGCGACGAGCUUGCCCCAAAAUGUGUUGGAUUUGACGCAUCACUAUGCUGCUCUGUGUGCUGCUUUCAGAAGCUCGGGUACUGAGGGUUAG